CUUGCACUUUUCUUCACUACGUUUAUCUAUUGCCAAACAUCAAUGGAAGAACCAGGUCAAGAAAUUAUUAUUGAAUCUUCUGCAUCAAAAGAUUCGCACAACAAACGAAGCUUCAAACGUAUAUGCGUCUUCUGCGGCAGCAGAUCCGGGCACAAGCCUGCAUUUAGUGAUGCAGCUCUUGUGCUUGCUAAGUUGCUUGUUGAAAGAAGGAUGGAUUUGGUCUAUGGUGGAGGAAGCUUAGGACUAAUGGGUUUGAUCUCCAAGACUGUCUUCAAUGGAGGCUGUCAUGUUCUUGGAGUGAUUCCUGGAGCAGUGUUACCUCGUGAGGUAUCUGGAGAAACCUUUGGAGAAGAGAAAAUUGUUGCAGAUAUGCAUGAGAGAAAAUCAGAAAUGGCUAAACAUGCUGAUGCAUUCAUAGCACUUCCUGGAGGCUAUGGAACCAUGGAAGAGCUGCUGGAGGUGAUAGCCUGGUCUGAAUUAGGAAUACAUGAUAAACCAGUUGGAUUGUUGAACGUGGAUGGGUAUUUCAACAGCUUGAUGAGUUUAUUUGAUAAAGGAGUGGAUGAAGGUUUUAUAGAGAGCUCUUCAAGGAAUCUUGUGGUCAUAGCAGAUACACCAGCAGAUCUCAUUCAGAAAAUGGAGGAAUAUGAGAAUAACGGAGGAAGGAGAAGGAGACAAAAAUAAAAGUAGGGGAAGCAGAGCAAUAAUUGGAGGGUGAAGCUACAGAAAAGUGGAGACCCACAAUGAUGUUUUAAAUCUUCCAUUCAUGCUUCUCCUUGCAAACUGGUCUCCUCUCUUUUAGCUCCCAA